AGAUUAAUUCAAUAAGAUGACCAGCUCAGUUUUUGCCGUUUUAUUUGGUCUCAAUUUUGUGUUAUUCCCUUGUGAAGGUACGACUCUAAUUAACCAGGUAUAUAGAACAGCAACUUAUCCUGCGUUCAUAUAAGUUGUCAUAGCUCUUGAUAUAAUAAGCACAAGCUUCCAAUCCUUCCAUACAAGUAAUACCAGGUCUAUUGUCAAGUCUUGGUGUAGGUUAUUAGGCACAAAAAUAUGUUGCAUGCUUUUGUAACUGGAAGUUUAUCACAACGGUUAUGUUGAACCAAUCACGUCCAAUGACAAGUUACUGCGUGGGCAACAAUAAAAUUGUUGCUUAAUAUAUAUAUAUAUAUAUAUAUAUAUAUAUAUAUAUAUAUAUAUAUAUAUAUAUAUAUAUAUAUAUAUAUAUAUAUAUAUAUAUACAAAAUAAUGUGUAAAAUAUAAAAUAAUGUAGUAUUCAGGUGUAUAAAAAAAAAACUGAACAGAUUUGAAAUUGCUCUCAAUUUCGUAAAACAGCUAUUAGUAUCCAGUUUUUUAUGUAUAUAGCUUCCUUGGGUACUUAUAAUGUUGAAUAAUGAAAAAAAAUUUCUCGAACUCAAAUCUUGUGAACCAGGGGGGGGGUGUCUUUUCCAACAAAAUGAAAAUGGCUUGCGCACGCAAUUUAAAAGCUUUAAUCAUAUUUUGAGUUAACAGAUGGAAAAUGUGUUUGGUUUUUAAUUACUGUACAAAAUUUCAGACAAUUUGUUUUAGUUUAAGCCCUUUAACUAUCCAUUUUUUCCUAAAAAAUCAGCCUUUCGCGUGCUUAAUUAAUGCCUUUUAAUUAAGCAUGCAAAUUGCUGAUUUUUUAGGAAAAAUGUAAGUUUGCGUGGAUAGUUGAGGGGCUUAAACUGAAGCAAAUUGUCUGAAAUUUCGUGUAGCAAUUAAACGCCCAACACAUUUUUCAUCGAUUAACUCAAAAUACGAUUAUAGCUUUUAAAUCGCAUGCGCAAGCCAUUUUUAGUUUGUCGGAAAAGACACCCCCACCCCCCGUUUACAAAAUUUGUGUUCGCGAAAUUUUUUCAUUAUUCUACAUUAUAAGUACCCAAAGAAGCCAUAUAUAUCAAAAGCUGGAUACUAAUAGCUGUUUUAAGAAAUUGAGAGCAAUUUCAAAUCUGUUCAGUUUUUUUUUUAUACACCCUGUAUAUAUAAAUUUUCAUAUGAAUAUAGCUGAAUAUGUAUGACACUAUUUUAUUAAUGCUAUUUUCUUCCUUUUCUUCCUCCUUAGAGGGCAAAAUGUCCUUAUCUCGCCACACUCUUAUUCUCAGAAAGGGGUUACUGGUUAGCGGAAAAUCGAAUAAUGAUAUUUUACCUUAAUUAAAGCAACAAUGAAAUUAGAAAAAAAAUGCAUUAGCAAAAUGUUAAAAACGUACAGCAAAUUGUCUGCUAUAAUGGGUUAUUCCAGAAUACAUCUACAAUUUCUCCUACAAAUAAUGUUGGAAGUUCAGACAUCCUCGAACAUUUUCUCAUUAUCAGGCAUACAUUUCUUUCCAUCCCCCUCCAUACAUCACAAGUUUUAGGGGAGUGUCAAUCAUUUCAGUCACAACCUAAUGGCCAGGAUUAUAAUGUCAAUGCCAAUAAAGGUACCUGAGAUUGUUUUGAACAUUUCGAUUAUUUAAUAGAAAUGUAUUGAUUAUUAAUUUCUUUGUGUAGGUCAAGUUUCCCCCCCCCCGUCCAGUGGUGACACCUUUGUUGUUCUCCCUGGAGAAGAUGUGACAAUAACAUGGACACUUCAUGUCGGUGCACCUAACAUAGGUUUUCGAUCGUGGACAUUUCUUGCAAAGAGCAGUUUUGCUCAUAUUCUUAAUGAUGGAGAUGUGGUUAACACCACCCAAAACUCGCCUGGGCCAUUUACAAUAACAAAACCUUCAACACUGAUUUUAAAAAACGUUAAUAUCCAGUACAAUGGAACGUACACAUUUGUUGUUGUUUCAGGUGGUAAAACUACUUCAUCUCCUGUUCAUGUGUUUGUUGCAGGUAAGUGUCAUUUGUGUAAUAUCCUAUACCUUCUUAACCUAUUUUUCACCAAAAGCUAAUUUCGCAUAAUUUUCAGGCAUUUAACAAAUUGCUUUAUUCUGAUUGGUUCAGACAACUGCAAUUACAGAUCCUGGCAUCCUGCACACGAAUACGUGGAUAAUGUUCGGACUGAUUUUACUGACUGUUGCAAACGUUUGAACAGAGAUACAGGAAGGCAAUUUUAUUAUUCAUAUUAUGAUUAUACAUUAAAAAAGAAUAUAAUUCAACAUGGAAACAAAUUACAAAAUACAAAUCCCAGCAAAAACGGUGGUCUAUAAAAUAAAUCAUGUAUGGGUGGCGACACCUUUGUUGUUUUCCCUGGCGAAAAUGUGACAAUAGCGUUGAAACGUGAUGUCAGUAUAUCUGACCUCUAUGAUCUGACGUAAUUAAAACUUAUAAACGUAUAUAUAACGUUUAUAUCUGACGUAACUAAUUCUUUGAGCGUGAACUUUCAUUCCUAAAGGCAGAUAUUUGCUCAAAUUGUUGGAGAUGAGAUGGUGGGAUAUAAACCCUCCAACUUACCUGGGCGUUUAAAAUAGAAAAGCCUUCAACUUAACGGUGAUUUUAAAGAACCUUGGUAGCCGGUGCAAUGGGAAAUAACAGUUUAUUAUUUUUACACGUAAAAAUCUCACAUCUUGCAGCAAGUCUACCAACAAGCUGUCAACAAGUUGUGUUCGCACUGCUUGUCCCAAUUUGUCAACAAGUUUAGAACAAGCUGUUAACAAUUUGUAGCAACCUUGUUGUUAUUAUCAGGCUUAAUUGUUACAAGGUUGUUCCAACAAGUCCGAUACAGUCAUGAUAUAACAGUAUUGUUACAACCUUGUGUCGUCAACCUUGUAACAUUUUUGUUUAUCAUGAUUGUAUCAGACUUGUUAAGAACAACCUUGUAACAAGUCUGAUAAUGCCAUCAAGCUUGUUCCAAGUUGUUAACAGCUUGUUCCAAACCUGUUCCAACAACUGGGAACAAGCAGUGCGAAGACAACUUGUCGACAAUCGACAGCUUGUGAACAGAUUUCUAACAACUUGUUUGCAGAUUUGUAACAACUUGUGCGUUUUUAGGUGUGUAUGUAAUGUUUACAACAUGAGCGGCCGUGUUGUAUCAGAUAUACAAACUCGAGCCGAAGGCGAGAGUUUGUAUAUCUGAUACAACAUGGACGCGAAUGCUGUAAACAACUUAAAAAACGAAUCAUCUUAUGAGUUCAUUGGCGAAGUAAUUUUAAAAAUAAACGUUGUCUAAGCCGAGAAAAUCAAAGUUAAAGUUUAUGUAAAUCAACAUGAAUCUGUAUCACAUAUACAGAUACGACACGCUUAUGAUUUUUCUUUGUGUUUUCUUCAUGAAUUAUUAAUGAAUUUUUUAAAUAAAAUAACAGCUAGGUUACGUCUGAUGUUCAUGUGUUUGUUGCAAGCAAGUGUUGGUUACCAUUUUAGGCCUUCUUAGUUUUACAAUUUACAUCAAAGGCCGUUGAGGCCGACGCACGGAUAAGAUCAAAUGAAAGUGACAAAAAGAAUUAGAGCAGUUUGCAGUUGUUUUUGCAAACGAGCACCGUGCGAAUUUUGCCAUUUGUCGUGCUUCUUUUGCCAAAUCAAAUGAACGAACGCGUGCUCAAACCCGAUUUCCGGUUCUGAAAAGCCAGAUUCGCAGGCAAGCAGUGCGCGCACAGCACACUCCAGUAUAACCGCAGACUCACAGAUGUUGCUUCGCAGCAUCCGCGAGCAAAAAUGACUUUCAUUGUCGUAUGACUAAGACCUCGUUCACACGAUACCGGCAUGAAAUUCUGCCGGCAGAAAAUCAUCACGGUUUCAACUGUUCACACGAUACCGGCAGAUUAUAUUCCGCUUUGACAAUAUGCUGCACAAAUCAGUUAAAAUAGACAGAAUAAAAUAUCCAACAACAACUUUUGCAGUUUUGUUAAUUUCAUUUUGCAUAACCGUAACGAAAUUCUUACGGUUAGGCGUUAAUAUUGAUAUCAACAACACCAUAUUGAUAUCAUAUUUCAAUAUUGAUAUCAACAACAACAACAGACCACUUCAAGCAUCACUACCAACAACAACAGACCACUUCAAACAUACGUUAGUCUUACUGAAAACUCUUUUAAAACUAGAUUUUACAAUCACCAAAUGUCAUUCAACUUGUACGAGAAAACUCACUGUCGCACGUCUCUCUCCUCCGCAGAGGCUUUAGUUGGCUAUGAUUACGAUUAGUAUUGAGAUGGAACACGACUCGUGUUCCAACAUCCGCCAUGUAAAGUGUAGUGAAAUGUAUCUCAACAAUCAUAGCCUGCCUCUGAAGGCUCUGAGGAGGAGAGAGAUUUUCCCGCCGAUAAUUGCUUCCUGUGCUUCGAGAAUAGUUCUCAACAUUUCCAAUCUCUCAUGAAGGCAUAGGUUGCAACUCUUUGCGCCGCUGCAAUAGGAUGAUGCUUGCUUCAGAAUUAUCGUUUCUUGUUCUUUAGAUGCCAAAUGUGCUUGGGCAGCUCAGUGGAUUUAACGUAGCUCGUAUCUUCGAAUGAGGUCUUAUGGUUGUAAUAACGUUUCUUAAAUAUGUUUGAUGUCAUCCCAAUGUAUUUCCUAAUUAUUCCUCUGUCGUCCUUGACCUCGGCUUUAUAGACAACGCUCUUUAUAAGGCAAUUAUUAUUUAAAGGGGCAUUCGUUGCUUUUUCGACAGUUGCAUUUGUCGUUGGUAGAUGCUACUACAAUAUUCUUAGUCCUUACAAAGGAUGCCAAAGUUAUGCUUGGAGAUGACGCUUAAUUUUACAGUUAUGUUAAUUUUAAAAGGUCUUGUGCAUGUAGCGGGUUAGACGCAGGGAAAUGUUUGUCAAUCAGAUUUAGAAAGUUUCUACCAACAUUUCAAAUGCAAGGAAACAUUUUUAACACCCUCGAAUUUUCGAUACAUUUUCAGUGAAGCCAACUGAAACAAUCAAUUGUCGCGGUUUCGUCACAGUGGAUGAAGGCUGCAAAGACUUCACUGUGGAUGAAGGCAAAGACUUCACAUGUGUAUGCAGAGGUGAAAAUGGAAACCCUCCUGCCAGUGUAACUUGGUACAAAGAUGGCGUUCAGAUUGGUACAACAGAAAAAGAACAAACAUUGACUCGAAGUAAUGUUACUGGAACAGACAGUGGAACUUACAAAUGCGUGGCACAAAGCCACACUCUAACGGAAGAAAAAUCAGUUGUAAUUGUAGUAAAAGUUUAUAGUAAGUCAGCCAUUAUACAGUGUUUCUGCAUGGUCCUAUUUAUUUUUAAAGAAAAUUGAAAUUUGCCUAUGACCAUAAAAUAAAUACAUGCAUAUACAGUGACCGUUUAACUGACUCUAAAAGAUUAGAGGAUAAAUAGCUAACGAUUCAAAUGAAACUGAACAUUGUGCAUGACCUGAAUUAUAGGCCGGGUUCCGAUUGAAAGAUGAACUUGUGGCCCUGUGAUUCCUUUGUAGUUUUCUGAUAUUGCACUGCAGAGUAUAGUUGCCAAGAGCCAACCCCUGGUUAUUUAUCCACCUAGUUUGUAGUACCAGAACAUUUAACCCGGAAUAUUAAGUUAACCCAAAUAUUAAGUUUAACCAGAGUGCUUUUAGAGUGUAUGUAUGUAUUUUAUUAUAUUAUUAUAGCCGAGUUGUUAUUCACAAAUGAAAGCAACUAUUUGAUUAUUUUCAUAAGUAACAAAGAGAUUUUGUUUCUUUGCAGCUAGACCUAACGUUACAGGCAUUACGUUUGUACCAAAUCCAGUUGAAAUUGGUAAAGCAGUCACCAUAACAUGUGAUGAAUCCGAGGGUGUUCCUGAGCCAAGUUAUACGAUACAUCAUAAUGGUAAACAGGUCAGCAGUGAGAAGACGUUUACGAUAUCUGAAGUAAAGCAGAGUGAUGAACAACCAUAUACAUGCGUUGCACAGAAUAGACUUGGCAGGGAUUCAAGUACCGAUAAUUUAAUCGUCGUAGGUAAGAUUCGGUUUUAAAGCGGACUUUCUUCGUCCAUUCUAUCACCGGGAAGAGGGGUGGGGAGACACACGUUGAAAGGAAAACCUCCAGAACCACUAGCCAAUUUAAGGAAAUAAAGUUUACUAGAAAAGCUAUGCAAAACCGAAAAAUAAAAGCGUCUUGAAAAGCAAGGAUAUAUAUGAGUAGUGUGUAGCGGGGCUUGAUGGCCCUUUUCAUGCGCAUAAUUAGCAAAAUUACCUUAAUAAUUCAUGAGUUAUGCAAAUUAAUUUGCAUAAUGAUGUCGUAUAUUUGAUUCUCCGAUGAUGAUAAAACAACGAGAGCUUUCCGAUUACCCGCCAUUUUGUUUCAAGAUGGCGGAAGGGUUAAUAAUGGGUGUUUUAAGGGAAAUAACAUUGAAUUGAGUGUGAAUACUUUUCGUUUCCAUUUAAAAUUGCUUUUGGAAAAGCAUGGGGGUUUAUUUGAGAGCAUGAUAGCCCGUAUUGGAAGAGAAAACGUACUUGAAAAUUUGUGUGUAAUUUAUCAGGAGUUACAACCUUCGAAUUUUGGUCGAAUUAUGGCUUACUUGACUUUAGUUUUUAAAGUUAGUGAUUUUUGUGAGCCUGAAAUUGUGCAAGAAGCCGUAGAAGUCUGUGUAUGGGAAUUAAAACAGAUGGACAUAGCUAGCUUUGAAAUAAAACAAUCUUGGAUACAACGUUUAAUUGCAUGGUCACGCGACUAAUAACCUGGCGAAAUUCGAAUAUCACUAAUCCGGGUUCAAUAGCAAAAGUCAUUAACUGUUGUACAUGGCUGAACACAUUGUACUUUUACUACAUUGCCCAGGCCCGUUUGUGCUGACUUAGCAAGAAAACUGGCUUUAAUGAUAGGACAUAAAUAUCUCGAGAUGGAGCAAGCAAAGUGGGAAAAGGUUGUUUCUUCGUGAAUGAGUGGUAAAUCGUUUGGAUUGAGUACAGAGUGUGAGAAUGGAGUUGGUUUACCUAUUGAAAAGGCGGAAUGGCAAAUUACAGAUUUGGAAAACAUUUUGAUUGAAAAGGGUUUGAUACCGAAAUUUAUUCGUGGGGACGAUGCCCUGUAUGAUAUAUUGUUGCGUCAAAUGCAAUCACAAUUGAUUCUGAGUGUUGUUGUUCCUAAACGAGUGCGGGGCCCUACCUUUGCUUAUUUGUCGAACUUUUUUAUUUAUUUAUUUAAAAUACGUCCUAGUUGUAGUUCUGGAAAUUGUUUUAUCUUCUUUACUGGUGGUUUUCCACAUGUUGUCAAGUGUUCAGCUAUUUCAUCUUCGAUCUUUGCGUGUUGACUUGAGAAUGUUGUCUCGUCGUUGAGGUGAACGUAUUCGUAGAUUUUGGGUUCUGUGCGGGAAUUUCUGUAUUUUUGGCUAGCAACUGUUCGAGUGUUUUGUCUCGAUCUGGGUCGGCGAGAUAUUCGGCUACGGCAUCUUCUAAGUUCGGUUUGAUGCUCGUGAACUUUUUAGACUUGUUCAGAUGAAUGUAUUCGAAGUCUGCGGGUUUCGUGUAGUACACGCGACCGGUCGACAUAAAUUCCUGCGUACCGAAUUCCUCGAUUCGUUUGAAUUUUUCUUCGAACUCGACUUUUCGCGCAUCUUCCGUUUUACGCCAUAUGUCAAGACGACAAUUCUCACAGUAUCGAGUGCGAAAAUGUAGUUUACGAUCGUGUGCAUCCGUAUGUUCGCAGUGUAGGCAUCCGUUGUUGAGACAUUCUUUUUUUGUUAGCGACAGUACGAUAUCUUUUUCGAUCGGAGUCAUUCUUUCUUCGUCGUCGCUCAUGUUUUGUAUUUUUUUUUUAGGUUCGGGUUUGUUUGGCGAUAAAGAGCCAGCCAUGGUGCCCUACACUUAUAAAUGAUGGGUAUGUGGAAGCUGUCAAAGGUGAAAUUGAAGAUGAGCAAAUCAAUCGUUGUGAUGAAAUUAUAAUCAUAUCUAAUUACCCUACAAAGAACGAUGAGCACAUGGUAUCCAACGGAAGUAAAUAA